UGGAGUAUCAAUGGAGUUGGUGCAGUGCUGAAAACAUUGGCUUGAAAUUGUUAUUGCAUUGUAGAUAAAUUUAUCUGUUCGCCAAAACUCGUAUCGCAAGUUAAAAUACUGUCGGUUGCCGUCGUCAGGACUAUUGGCUUUAGCUAGCGUUAGCUUAGUAUCCUGAGCAGCAACUCUACCGCCAUUCGCGACAACUAUCGAGCAUGGAUCCUGAAGGUGGCCCACACAGUCCAGACGGAGAGACUGCCAUGCCAGACCAGAACCCCAAAUACCAGAGGAGCCUAAGGAGCCUUAAUGUGCUGGCCGCCAGGUUUGUCAAGUUACUACAAGAAGCUGAAGGAGGAACACUGGACCUUAAAGAAGCUGUCAGGAUCCUGGCUGUUGGACAGAAAAGGCGAAUCUACGAUAUCACAAAUGUGCUGGAGGGCAUUGGUCUGAUUAUGAAAAUAUCUAAGAGAAUUGUGAAGUGGAUAGGUGCAAUGCCAGGAGAAAAUGCAUGCGAGUUAACCAACAGACUGACACAGUUAAAGUCUGAGCUGGAGGACUUGGAGCAGAAGGAAUUCAUGUUGGACCAGCAGAGACUCUGGGUCGAACAGAGCAUCAGGAACACAACGGAAGACUGCAGCAAUCUGACCUAUGUGAAUCAUGAAGAUAUCUGCAACUGCUUCAGUGGCCACACACUUUUGGCAGUACGAGCGCCAUCUGGCACGCAGUUAGAUGUUCCUAUUCCCAAAGCUGUUCAGAACAGCCCAGCAAAGUACCAGAUCCAUCUGAAAAGUGUCGGUGGACCCAUAGAUGUCCUACUUCUUAACAAAAACUCUGCCAGCUCUGUUCCUGUCGUACUUCCAGUCCCGCCGCCUGAAGAAAUUUUACAGAAUGCUAAGUUAGCCAUGUCCACUUCAGAUGCAACAGGAAGCAGUACUGCACCCUAUCAGGCAUCAGCUGUUACCAAACAUUGCACUAAAUCAAGGCAGAUGGCCAUGGAGGAUGUGCAGCCUUCUCAUGCGCCGUCAUUUGUAAAUGCUGAGCCCAAAAGAUCUCGUGCUCCUAAAUUGCGAGAUUUAUCAAAGGAACUGAAGGACCUACUAGACCCAUCCAAAGAAAUAAUGAGUGCUGGUCUAAUCACAAAGCUUAUGACCUCUGAAGUUUUUUCACCACUCUUCCGUCCAUCACCGCCAUCAUCUGAACAAGAAUAUGUCUAUAAUCUGGAUGAGAGUGAAGGCCUCUGUGACCUCUUUGACAUCCCUGUGCUCAAUGUUUGAUCAUGAACUUGUGGUAAAGAUCCUCUGGAAAUGUACA